UGAGCUCGUGCCCAAGGACCGGAUGUUUCUUGGACCGCCUGUGGUCAAAAGAGAAACUUGUGCGAUUAAACAAAUAGCCAUUGUCUCAAUACUUAUAUAAAGUUAGAAACUAGCAAAACACAGUCUUAAUGUUGUGUCUUAGUGGACGGACCGGCUGAUAUUCCACAUUAGAGCUGGCAGUAAGUGGAUAACAUAUAUUUUUUGUAGUUUGUUGUAGCUACGGGCUAAAGUUAGCUUACUGUAGGCGAAAAGUGACGUCCGCUGGAGGAACCGAGCAUUGUGACUUCAAGGAAGGAAGCAAGCAAGGAAGGAAGGAAACUUGAUCGGUGGGAUCCUCUGCGCACCGCUGUUUAUGCAAAGCUAGCUAGAAAGGGUGACUAAAUUUGAAUACCCUGUGCGAUAUUUUGCACUGUUUGGUUUAUUAGACAUGUUGUUAGUUGUCACAGCUAAGUGUUAGCAGCGCGUCUUGYGGCUAGCUGUACAGUGGACAGGAGCUAGCCCGCUAGCAGCAAACUUAGGAAGAAGUUGUGUUCCGACUUUUUUUGUCACGUUGAUUUAAGGAGCCAAGCAGACGUCAUUGUUUUUUUUAAUAGUAUGCUCAUGGCAUCGGAAGUAAUAGAGAACGAAGCCGUUUUAAAGGGUGCAAGUGAUACCAGUUGGAACAAUAGCAGCCUAGGUGUUGUCACACCCAGCAGGAGGACUCGUGAACAUUUGGGAAACAGACAAACUAGUCCCACAUCUUCCGGAGUGUCGGGAGAAGCGGGCCAGGAGGGUUCGGACGAGCUGCGAGCUGGCACCACGUCUGCUGUUGAAAAUGGCGAAGAAGGAUUUGAAGGAGGUCUAACCAAAACAAGAGGUACACCUCAGGGCAGGACAGAAAACCAGCCGAAGCAGUCGGGAGGGAGAAGCUCUACCCCGGUUAGCCUUCCGCAGCCACGCUCACCAUCUGGACCCACAGGGAGUCUGGAGCGCCAAGAGUCAGUCGCCACGACAGAGGCACGGUUAAGGAUGGAAGGUGUUGAACUUAAGGAAGAGUGGCAAGAUGAAGACUUUCCACGGCCUCUCCCAGAGGAAGAGGAGCUGGAAGACAAGCUUUUCGCUGGAACCUCUGAAGAGACAGACCCUGGCUAUGCAGUGAAUCAAGGCAAGAGGACUAAGAAAAAACUUUUAGCUCCAGACAUCAGCCUAACACUGGACCGUAGUGAAGGUUCUGUUCUCUCUGAUGAGUUGGAGGAAAGCACAGAACUGGACCUCGAUGGAAUAGACACACCGUCUGACAACAGUAAUGAGUUUGAAUGGGAAGAUGAUCUUCCUAAACCGAAACCCACGGAACUGCUACGGAAAGACGUGGAGACAGUUCAGGAAUAUUCAGCAUCAGAGGAGCGAGAAGAGGGGCGACGGUGGAGGCUCUUCCGAGUUGGAGACCAGGAUCACAAAGUUGAUAUGAAGGCUAUUGAACCCUACAAGAAAGUUAUCAGCCAUGGCGGUUACUAUGGAGAUGGUUUAAAUGCCAUAAUUGUAUUUGCUGUGUGCUUUAUGCCUGAGAGCGGUCAGCCAAAUUACAGAUACAUCAUGGACAAUUUAUUCAAGUAUGUGAUCGGCACCCUGGAACUACUGGUCGCUGAGAAUUAUAUGAUUGUUUAUUUAAACGGAGCGACUUCUCGGAAGAAGAUGCCAACCGUCGGCUGGCUCAGAAAGUGCUAUCAGCAGAUUGACAGGAGGUUACGGAAGAACCUAAAAUCACUGAUAAUUGUGCACCCUUCUUGGUUUAUUCGCACCCUCUUGGCACUGACAAAACCUUUCAUAAGCUCCAAAUUUAGUCAGAAAAUCAAGUAUGUGUACAGCUUGACAGACCUUGCAGAACUUGUUCCAAUGGAGUAUGUUUCCAUACCCGAUUGUAUCAAACAGUUUGAUGCUGAAAAAAAUAGGAAAAGCCAUGACAGAAUCGACCAGGAUAUGCACCGGAAAGUGGAGACGGUUGCUGCUGCUGUUCCGGAGUGAAGCGCUCCCCCUCCCCGCCUCCUCCUGCACGAUGACGAGGAGAUUGUCUCAAACACGUGUCGCCCGUAUGUUUCUGCUCUGUUUGAUGUGACAGAAAAUUGCUGCAUCAGGAAAGUGCCUUUUUUGAAUCAAUGCUGUCUGUUACAUUAUCAAACUCUUUUUUUGUCUUUUUGUCGAGCAGUUUAAUCCUUCAGCAUUUUGUCCACAUGCUGUUUCAAAUCUUUGUAUAAAAUGUCAGACUGGGCUCAUUGAUGCACCAUUUUUACUGUUGUAUGUACACUUUAUUUAACGCACUCUGUUACAAGUGGUUGAUGCAUGUUCUGCCCUAUUGCGUUUAAAUAUAUAUUUAUAUUCAAAAGGUGACAAUGGAGAGAAAUUAAUAUAUUUUUAUGGUCUGAUUUUUAAACUACGUCUUAGUUCUCUGACUCACUGCGUGGCAUUUUUAUGGAAAAUUUUGACAGCACUUUUUUUCACUGUUUAUUGCCAAUUUGUUGUUAAAAAUCAGAAUUUGUUGGGAAAAAAGAUUUUAUUUUUCUUUUGCCCUUCAUGAAUUUGCCUGCUUAUUGAGUUUGUAAAAGCAGUCUGAAACAAUUAGUCCAAAAUAUAUUGUCAUUCUUUCUUUCCAGUAAAGCUAUGAAUCAGCA